AUGCCGCCCAAGACUAGUGGUAAAGCUGUAAAGAAAUCUGGCAAAGCCCAAAAGAACAUCACCAAGUCUGACAAGAAGGGCCGCAAGAAGAAGAGGAAGGAAAGUUACGCUAUCUACAUUUACAAGGUGCUAAAACAGGUCCACCCUGACACCGGUGUUUCCUCCAAGGCCAUGAGCAUCAUGAACAGCUUUGUCAACGAUAUCUUCGAACGUAUUGCUGCUGAAGCUUCCAGACUCGCUCACUACAACAAGCGUUCCACCAUCACUUCACGGGAAAUUCAAACAGCUGUCCGUCUUCUGUUACCCGGUGAAUUGGCCAAACACGCCAUACAUCAUAGGCUGCAAACGAUAAAGGAAAAAAUAUCAAACGCACUAGAGGAGUUAGUUUUAUUUGGAUAUAUCGCGUAG